AUGGAAGAAUGUCGAAAACGCCUUCGUGUCCGGGAGCUUUUACCUGAAUUAUUCUUGGGUAAUUGGAAGCCAGGCCGUCUCAACUCCAUCACCGACGUUCCAGGCGUUCUUGUGCACACAGAAUCGAUACAGCCUGAUCAGGACGUAAAUACCGGUGUGACGACAAUUCUACCGAGAGCCGAUUGGUAUAAAUACACAUGCCAUGCAGCUAUUUUCAAGUUCAAUGGCGCUGGAGAAAUGACAGGGUCCCACUGGAUUGAUGAAACUGGCAUUUUGACCUCGCCGAUUAUCUUGACGACGAAUUCAUCUAUCGGGGAGGCCUUCAGAGGCGUGUAUGAUUAUGUCAUACGUUAUGCUUCAACUUCUCAUGAAGAUAUGGACCUCUUCACCUUUCCGGUCAUCACAGAGACUUACGAUGGAUACUUAAACAAGCAAAGUCGAUUUGCGGUUACUCCCGAACAUGUUGUUCAGGGAAUUCUCAAGGCUUCAGCGGAUGCUGUACCUGAGGGCUGUACUGGUGGUGGCACGGGUAUGAUAUGCCAUAGGUUCAAGGGAGGAACAGGAUCAAGCAGUCGAAUUGUUCCCGGAGUGGAUGCGGAUGGUAAUCCCAAGGACUACACUGUCGGAGUACUUGUUCAAGCCAACUAUGGCAAAAAGGAAGACCUUCGGAUUGGUGGUGUUCCUGUUGGACGCAUCUUAUCAGAAGACGCCAAAACAGCUGCUGCUGGGGUCCAUGGACCACUGGCCGAUGGCAGCAUUAUCAUCGUCGUCGCGACAGACAUUCCCCUCCUCCCAGUCCAGCUUCAAAGAUUAGCCAAGCGUGCGACAGUCGGACUCUCGCGCGUUGGUGGGUACGGAAGCAACGGCUCAGGGGAUAUCUUCCUGGCUUUCUCUACAGCUGCCAAGAUCCCCAUGCAAGGCUUUAACGAUGGCUUAGAUCCUUACAAGCCUUCUUCAGUCAGUGUUGAGACUGUCGAGAAUGAAUCGAUCAAUGGUGUGUUUGAGGCUGUUGCCGAUGCGACUGAGGAAGCGAUCUAUAAUGUUCUGUGUAUGGCGGAGACCAUGGCCGGAUAUAAGGGAAGGACGGUGGAGGCUUUGGAUUUGAGCAAGGUUAGAGAGAUAGUCACUAAGCGGCUGUGA